CACCCUAUUGCACAUUUUGGCCACCAGACGUCUCUCCUGCCGAGAUAAAUACUAUAGUCAGCACUAUUCUGUACCACACACACUUCAUUCGAAGGAAGGUUUGGAAGAAACGUGUAUCCUACAAGCACUACGGUUUCCAGAGGGAAUGGCAACGAGGAGGUGGGCAGCAGCUGCCCUGGCAGUGCUGGGUCUUGCUAUGUGUUGGCCCUGCUCUACUGGGGACACUGGUCCAGAGUGCACUCGUGUCACUGGGGAGACUGGUAAAAGUGGCAGUGAGUUUCUGUCCACUAUCGACACCCAGAUGGCAGAACAGACCCAGCGGCAGCACCUGGAAGCUCUCUUCGACAGGUACGGGGAGAAUGGCACCAUUUCGCUGGCAGGCCUGAAGCGGCUGUUGGAAAACGUGGGACUCGACCGAAUACGAAAGGUCAUGGUGCAACACCAUGAACAACCCGUGGACGACGGAGCGGAGGGGCAUCGGCAUGGACACCACAACCACCAACGUAACCACCAACACGAGGACGGCCACAAUGGCACACACCGUCAAAAGCACUCCCACCGCCCCCCCAUUGAGCCCAAAAAGGUUCCCGAGACCCCCAAGGUGCCUAAAGUAGAUGACCCUGUCCUGGGGAAGAAAGUGGAGAAUUCAGAUGCCCACCAUAACCUCUAUGUGAAGAAAACCACUGCAGCGCAGGAGAUUAGCACCACCACUGAGGCAGUGCGCAGUAGGCGGGAAGCCCCCACUGCUAGUCUGACCACUGUCAUACUGGUCAGCAACUCUCUGGGGGCUGAGAACCAAACGCAGCCACCCAUGGUCAGGCAGGAGGGCUCGGAUAACCAGCACUUAUAUGACCACGAUAAUGACCAUGAUGAUCACAACCAUGAUCAUGAACACAGUCAUGAAGAACACAGUCAUGAUGACCACAGCCAUGGUCAGGACAGCCUCCACAACCAGAGCCAAGAUCACAUACAGGAGAAAGCAGAGUGUUUGAAUGCCUCCAGUAUCCUGUCGUCCCAUGGAAUGGCCAAAGGGCCCCUGUCUCUCAGUGACUUCAGCUACCUCUGUCCUGCCCUUCUCAACCAGAUCGAUGCCAAGUCCUGCAUACUGCACGGCAACCAAACACCCCAGCAUGUCAACAAAGUUCACAAGCAUAAUAAUCCCCAUCACCAUGGUCAUCACAACCAUGAUCACACACACGAGGACCAUCAAGUGAAUGAAAACAACAAGAAAGUAGGCUCAAUUCAAGCAGCGUGGGCCGGCGGCUUUGUCUCCAUCACCAUCAUCAGCCUGCUGUCCUUGGCUGGCGUGGUGCUCAUCCCGUUGAUGAACCGGGUCUUCUUCAAGUUCCUGCUCAGCUUCCUGGUGGCGCUGGCUGUGGGCACGCUGAGCGGAGACGCCUUCCUGCACCUCAUACCCCACUCUCAGGGGGGCCACCACCAUCCGCACUCUGUGAACAAGACAUCAGGGCACGGUCUCCACGGGGAGGAGGAAGAGGACCAUAACCUGGACGGGGUGUGGAAGGGGUUGACGGCCCUGGGCGGAGUCUACUUCAUGUUCCUCAUCGAGCACUUCCUCACACUGGGCAAAAUGUACAAGGACAAACAGAAGGUGAAGAAAUAUGACCAGAAUGAUGACAAGGUGGAUCCUGAGAAACUACCGGGCCUGGAGGAGAAUGACCUAAAGCCAAUUGAAGAUGUGAAUACUAACGGAGGUGGCAACUUCAGCGACCACCACAGCGAUGGGCUCCACCGGGUCAGUGAGGAGGAGGAGGUAAUGCUGGCGCCCGCCACCUCACCCGAGGGCUACGCCUCCAUGUCGGGCUCGGCUGCUGCCACCUACACAGCAGGGGACUGUGAGAACAAGUGUCACUCCCACUUCCACGACACGGUGGGCGAGGCAGACAACCUGCACCACCACCACCACGAAUACCAUCACAUCCUGCACCACCACCACUCUCAGAACCACCAUCCACACAGCCACUCGCAUUCGUACUCGGAACAGCACUUCCAGCAGGCGGGUGUGGCCACGCUGGCCUGGAUGGUUAUCAUGGGCGACGGGCUGCACAACUUCAGUGACGGCCUGGCCAUCGGGGCGGCGUUCACGGAAGGGCUGUCCAGUGGCCUCAGUACGUCGGUAGCCGUGUUCUGCCAUGAACUGCCUCACGAGCUGGGUGACUUCGCUGUGCUGUUGAAGGCUGGCAUGACAGUGCGACAGGCCAUUCUCUACAACAUGCUGUCUGCCAUGAUGGCGUACCUGGGCAUGAUCACGGGCAUCCUCAUUGGGCACUACGCUGACAACAUCUGCAUGUGGAUCUUCGCCCUCACCGCCGGGCUCUUCAUGUAUGUUGCCCUGGUGGACAUGGUCCCGGAGAUGCUCCACAACGAUGCUGGGGACCACGGCUUCAGCCACUGCGGCUUCUUCCUGCUCCAGAACGCAGGCAUCCUGUUGGGCUUCUGCAUCAUGUUGCUCAUCGCAAUCUUUGAACACAAAAUCCAGCUGGAAAUAGACCUCUAAACUGAUGGAUCUCAAACCUGGUCUCCAAGGACCCCUGUGUUUGCAGGUUUGAAUCCAAACCGAACUUGGUACUGGGAGAAGGAAUAGAUUAAUCGAACAUGGUUAGUUGAUUAGAACAGAAUGUAGCCUUAAGUUCGAUUGUAAGCCUACAUUCACAGGCAUCCUUGGAAAACCAGCAGUGUUAAGAAACACUCCUCAAACUGACAGGACCAAGCGCCUUGUGUCUCACCUGCCGAGUGGCCACAUCACGAGUCAGCCAUUACUGUGUCUUUCCCUCUCAUCUCCUCCAAGAAGUGAAAAAGAAAUGAAUAGUGUGAACAUUUCUUUUUGGUCAAGGUUCACCUGUUGCAAAAUGUCAAUUGGCACGUAUUCUGUAUGUGUUUUUUAUGUCUGUCAAACCUUUGUUGCAUAGUUGUCUGUCUUCCCUCAGUGUGCUUCAUGUUUUAUUUCUGGUCAAGAUUUACAGUAAAAAAACAAAAUGGAGGACUGUUUUGUUGACUGGGUGUUUGGAAAGGACAAGCUUUGUUUGUGGGCGUCAGAACAAGGGCCAAUCCUUUAAAUCUUGUGUUUAUUUAAAAUCCACAAGGGUCAAGUGAAAGCUCAUUGAUUGGGCAAAGAGGCUCCAUGCCCAAUUUCAGGGCACUGUACCACAGGUUGUGACUUUAAACAUUGUAAGUGCCAGUCGGCUUGAGCCUGUUUUAAUCCCAACCUAUCCCACCUCCUUGGUAAUAGUGCACCAAGUCUUUAAAUGCCCGAUUUAAAUGAACUUAGAUCAGUCUUUUAAGUCUGUUACAUUGUCCACAGAGGAAACACUUGGUUGUAAAUGUGUUGUAAAUUAGCCUUGAUUUGCAGAGCUAUUUCAGAGGUACAGUAUCUCACAAGUAACACUGUGUGGAGCAUUUUCUCCCAUGAAAGUAGUCCAUUAGAGAAAAAAGGCUCCAUCUCUAUCCCUAAGUUUGUUAAUUUAGCCAGUGUCAGUAGGAUAUCCAGUCAUGGGACUAGAUAGAUAGCAAUCGAUCUGAUACAUAAAUACUAAGUGAUUAUAGUGGUAACUUCUUUCAAAGGUCCUAUGAUGAAUGUGUGAUCUAUGUCUGUUCAGAAUGAAGCCACUCAAAGUGGUAUUAUGUUUUUAAGUUAUCGUGCCAAUAUCUCAUCUCGCUGUGUAUUGAGAAGAUAACCAAAGGUUUGGUUAGGAAAAAUGUAUGUUUUCAUCCGUUUCACACUGUUUAGGAAGAGGUAUAUCAUGAAGAGAACCUGUUUGUUUGUGUGCCAUUAUUUUACUGUUGUGUACGUCAGGCAGCUUUGGAUGUAAUAUGUGUUACUUUACAUUCCAGAAGAAAAUAAAAGUUAUUGCCUACCACC